UUUUCCUGCCCAGUGCGCUUGGGAGAAUCAAAACAAAACUCCAUCAUCCAUAAUCUUCAGAGCAAACCUCCUUCUCCUCCAGGUGCGAGGAAAAUCCGAGAGGAAAAACUCAACCCGAUCCGCCGAGCAUAAACUCGACGUGGGCCCGACCGAUCCGGUUCAGUAGUGUUCUCGUUCUCGUGCGUGCGUGCGGCAAGCAUACAAUCGGUUCCGUUCCGUUCCUCGAGUGCUGCUGGUAUAGUUGCGAGGUGUGGCGGUCGUCGUGCGUGAGUGUUGUCGUCAUCGUUCCCCGCGGAAGGCAGAAUCCUGUGGCCACUGCUUUGCUCUGGUGGCAUUUAAGGGUUGUUAUCAACAGUGAAGUACCUUGCCUUUUCUGGAUGUACAGUGUGCGACGGCAGUGAUACAAAUCUCGUGGGUGGCCGAGGUGAGAAAAUAAAGUGAACCUGUGAGUGUUAUUCUGCCGAAUUCGGAAGGGUUUUGUUUGGCCAAAGUGGAUUGAUUCCGGGAAUUUGGUGAAAGAAUUCGAAAAGUUGUGUUUGAUCUACGAAUAAGAAGCAAAAUGAAUGCCAGUGUUUCGUCGUUGGUCCGGGUAUCGAAUUCGAUGCUUGGACAGUAUUCGAAACUUGUGACGGGGACUAUGGUGGUCCAAGUGGCCUGCAGUGGGAUGCCCUGUGUGGAACGAGCACAAAAAAGUAGAUUCAGCAGUUUGAGCAGUAGCAGGCGAAGCUUGACAAAGAACACCUGUAGGAUUAGCAGUCGGAGUGACAUCAACGGCCACAGAGGGACACCGUGGCAGCUGUGGGCGAUCCAAAGCAGUCAAAGAGGCUAUACGCAGGCAGCGUCCACACUGACAAGAGAGCAACUGCACGAUUUGGUGUACCGUCUCAACGAGGACGAACGGGAACUUCUGAUGAACACGCUUAAGCAGUUCGAGUCCAACAAGCAGAAGGCUCAAUUUGAAGGACAGUUGGCGGCAACGGUGUGGCGAAGCAGGUUCGGACGGCCGGCCAAAUUGAAACCAGCCCUCGGGGACGUUGAUCCUACCGGUUCGUACUGUGCCGUGCCGGAGGACUGGCUGCAGAAAAAGUUCGGUAGGAAGGCAGAUUGCUAUUUUGUUUGGUUUCGUAUUAGUUUUUACGUUAGUUUAGCUUUUGUUUGGUUUUUAGGUUGAGUGCUUAUCCCCGGGAAAUUAACUCCGCAUGGCUCUACGGUGCUGGGUGCUUAUUCACGCGUACUAACAAGCCGCUUAAUUCCAUAGUCAAGUACACUUAGUGUUGUUUGCAAUCAUGUAUUGUGUUGUCCAAUAGCCGGAAUAAUUAUAUACUAAUCGAAAAUUAACAGAUAGGUAUGGCUAUCAGCUCACACAGCAUUACCAUAAUCGAUAUAGUUGAGUUGGUAGCACACAAAAUGAGAUAAACAGUCCGAAAACAGAACCAAUCACAUUGAAUCGAAUUAUUUAUUAUCAGUAGCGCACAGAUCGGAUGUAGGCGUCAUUACGUAAUGGAUAUUGCUUCUCUAUCCACAGGCUGUUUCACAUAAUGGGGAACAAUAAUUAGAGAAAUAAUAGAGAAAUCAAGCACGGAAAAUGCAAUUGCAUUAUCCUCAGCAUCUAUCCAGCAGCUAUAGUUCAACACAUUACUAAUACUCGUAUGGAUGACAGUGUGUUAAAUUAACAAUUAAGAACUUUGAAUAGACAGUAAAUUUAUUGCGAAACUAGGGCACAUACAUACACUCCCUCUCAAAAGUUUGGGGUCACCCCCUCAAAAUCAUGUCAUUUUUUUAGGCCCAUAUCUCCGCCAAUUUGCAUCCGAUUUCAAAACCCUAGGUUUCUUCCAAAAGAUAAUAAGUCAAAGAAAUUUUGAACAUGAUUUAAAAUAAACUUUUACAAAAAAUAUGUUUAAACUUAACUCAAAGUUGCCAAAAUAAAAAAAAAAAUAAUGAUAUAAACUUACGGCAGUGUCGCUGGAAAUUGGGUCGACCAAAUUUUAAAAUGAGAGCGGUAAAUAUAACCUAUUUUCUAUUAGCUUUCAACUGCUUUUUACCGAACUUGGCUAAAAAAAUCUAGGAGAAAAGUUAUUAAGUAAAUUAACUCUUCAUGUCAUCGACCAAAAGUUUGGGGUCACCCCCAAAAAGCAGUUGAAAGCUAAUAGAAAAUGGGUUAUAUUACCGCUCUCAUUUUAAAAUUUGGUCGACCCAAUUUCCAGCGACACUUACGACAGUUUAUAUGAUUUUUUUUAGAAAGUUAAAAUGAAGAUUACAUACAAAAUUUUUGAAAAAGUUUUUUUUAAAUCAUGUUUAAAGUUUCUUUGACUUACUAUUUUUUUAAUGAAACCUAGGGUUUUGAAAUCGGACGCAAAUUGGCGGAGAUAUGGGCUUCAAAAAAUUACAUGUUCUUGAGGGGGUGAUCCCAAACUUUUGAUCGGGAGUGUACGCCCCAGGCAAAUUGAACUCUAGAAUCAGUUUUGGCUCUAAAAGUUCUUUAUGAAAUUUUGUGCCCAUGAAGUAACCAUGUAAUAUGGAGUGCAGUUUUCUAGUAUUUCCCUUAGUUUAUCUGUCCGUUGGCUUACAAGAUUUUUAAUUUUACUUUCACUUUUUUUGGCAAAGCACAAACUUCCAAUUUUUUAACACUUUUGAAAAGACUAGCAAUUAGCAAGUCGUUGACAAGUUCGUGGAUGCUCUACACCGCUAUAGGAAAUUUGCCUCCUUCGUAUCCGUUACCAAAUCACAGGUUAUUAGUAUACAACAUAGCAUAGCAUGAGCACUGGCACACAUAGCGGAUAGACAUACAAGGAUGAUAAGAUGAAUACAUCCAUUGUGCAAUUUUCUAGUUCCACCACGAAUUUCCGCAGAAGUACUUGGGAUUUCUCUGGGAGAUUCACCGGAAAUUAUUGUAGGAGUUCCAUCAUUCGUUUGAAAAAAAAACCGGAAAUUCUUCUGGGUACUAGAAGGUGAACCAGCCUGCGGCUGCAAUCCUCACGAAUAAAUAAAUAAAUAAUAAUAAUAUUCUUCUGGAAAUCUCACCUGAAAGUCUUCUAUAUGAGCUUCGCUGUGAAUACCUGUAGAAACUUCGCAACACAGAUGCCUUGUGAAUUCCUCCAGGAGAUCCUUCAGGAAUUCAUUUAGGCCAGUGAUUCCCAAAGUGGGCGAAAACAAUACCGAAUGGGAAAAAAUUUUAAAAAUUUUAAAUUGUGGGUCAAAAAUCCAACAAGGGGGCGAUUUUCCAAAAACCAUUUUAUUUAGAGUGAUUUUGGGUAUUUUUUACAGUUUUGAUCUCCCCUCCCCUCUCCUCUUGACGGCACUAGAAUUGUCUGAAACUUGGUCGAAUAAUGCAGCUCGAUUGGGAAUGUUUCGAUGUGAAUUUGGAUUUCAACAGGCUUAAUGAAUCGCUCUAUGACGACUUAAACACAGUUACCAAAAAUAGAAUAAGUUCCCUUUCAAGAGGGUUUUAUUAUUUUCAGAAAAAAAUAAUUUUGAAAACCAAAUCUCACCUCAAGUGCAACCAUUUCGGAGAGUUUGAUCAUGUGCUUUUUUGAGUCAUUAGGGGCCGUUCAUAAACCACGUAGACUUUUUGGGGGGAGGGGGGAGGUCUGGCCAUAGUCUACGCUCCAUACAAACUUUCAAUUUUUUGUAUGGGGGUUCUGAGAUGACUAAUAUUUGGUCUACGUAGUUUAUGAACAGCCCCUUAGCCAUUAAGUGAAAGCUCUUCAUUUUUUUCUAAAAUAACGACUUUCGUUUUUUUUAAACACAGCAACAUAUUCUUUAGUUAUAAUUUGAAAAGACCAUGCCUAAAUAUUGCUAUCAAAUAACAUCUGAUUUAAAAUAAUAAAUCUAUUUAAUGCACUUAAGGGCGAAACUGGAAGCAUUUCCUCAUUAUUUUGGUUUUUGAUUUUUCAUAAAAUAACGAAGCAAUAUUUUCAAAAUCGGUUUUCGUGCACAUGUAGAGUAUGGAUCAAGGUAUCUACUGAAUUUUUUCCAGGUGGA